UCGAGUCGUUACUUGUCUUGUGUGGUAAUAUCCGUUCGACGGUUCGAGUGCAUAAAAAGAGAAAUUUUAUUCGAAAGUUAAAUAAUUCAACAAGUUCGUAAAUUCUAUCCCAACUUCCCCCUGGUUAUCUAAUAAAUUUGUGAACUAAUCGAUAGUUAUACGUCACCACCCACUAUUUCAUGGAACCAUUCACACUGCGUUGAUUGCUGGCUAGAACAGGUUUAUAAUCGGGAUUAUCGAUCAAUCUAAACUAGUUUUUUCUCCUUUAUUCUGUUGGAUUCCCCGCAGAGAUAAAAUCUGGCAGCAACCGGGCAACGCUGGUAAAGACACAACACAAGCACCACUUUUUUUAAUACGUUCGUUUUGGGGGUGUGUUUAGUUGUCAUUUUGUUGGGGAAGAGCAGUCGACAUUUUACACGGUAAAGAAGAGGUCAAUAUCGCGCGGCAGUUAGUCUUGGACGAGAAAGAAAGAAAACGCCUUUUGCUUCUUUUAACUUGGCUUGUAAUUGCUUAGAUUUCCAUUCCAACAUUGUGCUCCCUAUCCUAUACAAGGCCAUUCGCCUUUUACGACGGAGUUUCUGGGUUGGUUUGCUCUCACACAAAGUCAUCUUUCUAUGAGCCAGUCGUUUGGUCGGUUUGAAAUGCUCUUGAGCCGCGGAGAGGCUCAUCUCUUGGCCACGUCUGAAGUUGGCUUGUCUCUUUCAGCUCCUGCUUCGAGACCAGAAGCUUCUGUGAACUUCCAAAGCAAUGCUAACAGUUUGCCCGAGGAUGGGAAUGGCGUGGAAUGCCACAGCCCUCCUCUGUGUUUGACUGAAUCUAAAGUGACCUUCCUCUCUCUCGGUGCAUUUUCUCCCAGCAAUAUUGGGCAUAGCAAACUACCUUGCACCCAGCUCAGCUUUGGUCUCCCACCACCCAGAACCAUUUGUGAAAAUUCUUGUCCUCCAGUAGCAAUCAACGGGGAACCUCAAAUGUCAAAAUUCAUGAACCUUGCCAGAAAGUUUAAUUGCUUCUAUUUCAAUGGUAAAUAUUUGAUAUUGUAUCUAUUACUUAACCAUUCUAAAUAUUUUUCAUUCAUUUUCCUCCCUCCAGGUGAUCUUCAGCACUGCAGGCCAUUUUUGGUCUGUGGCAAGCAAGUGGGUGUUAUGCAAGCCAGGGUAGUCGAAGCUGCGUGCAGGUAUCCUGAUGUAUUCCAAAUGGAUUCUUCCGGAAUGAUUUCGAUGCAUCCCUCUCUUACAACGUACGAGGAACGAAGUGCCCGAAUUAACCACGUCCUGUCUCAAUGGAAGGAGGAACGUCUGUUUGUUACCUUAAAAGGCUGGAGAAACGAGUGCUACGAAGUUAGGACGGGAUUUGCCGAUCCGCCCCUUCUUAAGAUGGAUCGCUCUGCGGCAUGCCUUUUCGGUGUCCGCCAGUACGGCGUUGAAAUCAACGGAUACACUCGCCACCCUCAACUAGGCAUGUCACUCUGGCUCCAGCGAAGGGCUCUCUCGAAACCCACUUGGCCUGGCAAAUGGGACAAUAUGGUCGCUGGCGGGCUGUCAGUCGGCCACUCGGUCCUCGAUACAGCAUUAAAAGAAGCCGAAGAAGAAGCUUCCAUCCCGGCUUAUUUACUGGCUAACCUAAGAUCUGCGGGAUCUGUGUCGUUCUACUUUGAAAGUGAGCGAGGCCUCUUUCCCAACACUGAAUUUGUUUACGAUCUGGAGCUACCACCUGACUUUGUUCCGCACAACUCUGACGGCGAGGUGGACAUCUUUGAGUUAGUACCCGUCAAUCAGGUGAUGGAAAGAAUUUUUACCCCCGAGUACAAGACGACCAGUUGCCCAACGACGUUAGACUUUCUCAUCCGGCACGGCUUCAUCAACUCGGACAACGAGCCUCGUCUGCCCGAAUUGGUGGAAUUGUUGCACAUUCCCCUACACUACCUCUACAGCCAGUCGAGCAGCCAGUCGCCCAUUUCCCCUAAAUAGGAGUACCAAUCCAGCGAGCAUCACUGGUUAAAACGAUUACGAUAUUUAAUAAGAACCCCCCCUCGAGAUCCGAUUUGUUUUUCCUCCUCCUCUUUCGAUACUGGUAAGACUUCCAACUUUCUCUAGCUCUUCUUUUAAAAACAAUUCUUCUUUCUUUCGAACGUAUUGAACAUCUCCUAGGUCGUAUAGCGCGUUGCUGCCCAGUCGCUCUUGAUUGAUUUAGCCUUUUGACUGCCCGAACGUAAACAACAUCACAUGUUUUCUUUUUUCUGCCCGUUAGCAUCAUCGGUCGAACGCAUUCUAAUCGCUUUCUCUUCAUUUUCUUCUCACCACUCUCUCGAUCUUUUUUUACGUUUUCCUCCUUACUCCCUCGUUGAAACCCCCUAAAGUUUCGGUCGCUCUUCCAGGAGUUACCAAGUAAGAAAGAGGAGAGCUCAUGUUAAAUGCUAAAAAUAUCAACCGAGAAUUUUCUUUCCUCCAAAACCAAAAGUCGAAAUUGAUGGGCAUUGAAUCGCCCAAGGCGUCUUACCAAGCCAAAGAUACCGACGAAAUAGAAAGUGUCAUUGUGUUCUUAAAAGUAUCAUAGAAAUUUAAAACAAAACAAAACAAAAAAAAAAAGGAAACUUUAGAAAAUUAAUUAAACUAGGCUGUUUGGGAUUUUAUUUCAAAAAGAAAAACCCUUCGAAUUAAAACCGGAAGAAGAAGAAGCUCGAGAAAAAUUGAAUUGUCCCCACCUUCCAUUGAUCAUAAAUUAUUCAAAAAAUUUCGUGUUUUGUCAUACUUUUUGCCCACGCAUGUUUUUUCUUUCCUAGUAUUAUUUAUUUAGACUGGUAUUUUGCUCCCGUGUGUUUUUCGGAACGUUCUUUUUUUUUUUUUUUUUAAGAAAUUAGUUUCUUUGCGUUUAUUUUUUAACAAAACACAUACAACUCAACACCAACCAUCGAUCCAUCCUCUCCCUCCUUGUGUUUUGGCUCAUCCUAGUCUCUCUGUAAACCGGUUGUUUUUGUAAUCCUUUUUGAGAAUACCAUUUAGGCCUACAUAAUAUUAUAAUGAAAGAAUUUUUUCCCGA